AUGCCCUCAGACGGCGUCCCAGUGGGACGGGCCGCGACGCGAACUCCUGAACCGCCCGACCGGGACGAACACGAAAACUCACCACCGCGAUUGAGACCGAAGCGCACCACUAAACCACCUAAGGACUAUGCACAAGAGCAAGAGCAAGAGAAAGAAACCGAGCAGAGGAAGACACACUCCCAACAAAAGAGGAAAACUCAGAAGAGGCCAGCAACUCAAUGUGACGCACCAACCGGAGAUGAAUCCGCAACUGAGAGCGAGGACCUAAGCGAGGACCUGGACACAGCCAAACUCGUAAAAGAGCUUAUCAAACUCAGAAAAGAGAUUAGACGACAAGAUGAGAUGCAUAAGGAAGAGCUAAAGAAAGUUAAAGAAGAAUUUAGUGCCGCCCUUGCAGAGGUUCGACAGGAGAUGCAAACUCUGACACUGCUAUCCCGCUCCGAGUCAUGCUCACAAAACAGCUAUGAUGAUAUCCUCCAUGAAAUCCAAUCCCUACGCACUUCAAUUACCACCCUGGAUUCUGCAAACCAUUUAUCCUAUGCGGAUGUGGCCCACACGCCUGCGACCAACACCUCAAAGAUAGUAGAUAACAAAAGCGAUAGAACGUCCGCUGGCUCAAUUAGGGCAGUAGUUGAGAAAGAGAUCCGGACAAUGGAAAACCAUAUGAACUGGAGAUGCCGCGCUGUGAUCAUGGAUCCAAAGAAUGCCUACCAGAUUAGAAUUGCUUGCCGAGAUGAAGCUGAACAUCAACUAGUUAAAAAAGUUGCAGAAGCAAAGAUUAGCGCAGGAGCCCGAGUGCUGCGUGACAAGCUUUACCCAAUCAAAGUCGACAGUGUCAGGAAGGCAGCAGUCCUAGAUGAGAUUAGAGCUGGAGCCACAGCAGCCUUCAGCGAGGAGAAUGACACCACAGUUGCUAAGAUCGCAUGGCUCAGCAGUAAGGAGAGUGCGAAGGCCUAUAGCUCUAUGGUAGUAUACCUAACCAAAGGCACUGAUGCACGGAGGCUUCUGGCUGACGGGUUCUUCCACGCUGGGAGAGAAUCCAGCGUAACUAGCGUCUUUGAAUAUUGA